AUGCCCCGAGCGGGCGUAUUUUGGAAACAAUACCGCGCGGUGCGCAGUGGCCUCCUCCGCGCUCGCCCGCUCGCAGCCGCCGCCGCCCCAGCCCGCGCCACCCGCUUCGCGCCGCAGCCCGCUGGGCUUUUUCCCUCCUUCCCAAUCGAGUCUGGGCGCCAAGCCCCGAGAGUGCUCGUCACGCUGGACCCUGGCGCAGAGCCCUGGCAUCACGACUCGGAGGCCGAGACUCUCCCCUGGAGUCACCCAGGGGAAUUGGAGCCGCCUCAGUGUGUAGAGGAGCUGGAGGAUGAUGUGUUCCAAGCAGAGGACGGGGAGCCGGGGACCCAGCCUGGGCGCUUGCUCUCUGCAGACCUGUUUGCCCAGAGCCAGCUGGACUGCCCGCUAGGCCGGCUUCAACUCUUCCCACUCACCCACUGCUGUGGUCCUGGGCUUCGACCCACCAGCCAGGAAGACAAGGCCACCCAGACCCUCAGCCCAGCCUCCCCCAGCCAGGGUGUCAUGCUGCCCUGUGGGGUCACUGAGGAGCCCCAGCGACUCUUUUAUGGCAAUGCUGGCUACCGCCUGCCUCUCCCUGCCAGUUUCCCCGCAGGCUUGGUCCUGGGGGAGCAGCCCCCAGAAGGGCAGUGGCCACAUCGAGUGGAAGUACAGAUCGCCCGGAAGCUUCGGUGCAUUGCCGACCAGUUCCAUCGGCUUCAUGUGCAGCAACGACAGCAGCACCGGGACCGUGCCUGGUGGCAAAUUCUCCUCUUCCUGCACAACCUUGCCUUGAACAGAGGAGAGAACAGGGAUGGGGCAGGUCCCAGGUGAGACUGGGCCCCCCCUUGUCCAUCUCAUGUCUCAUGAGGCACCAGGAACAACGUCUGGAACAGGAAGGACGUCGGAACAGGAGGACUGCCACUGUGUCUCG